AUGACAAUUUCUUACCAACUUGAUGUGACACAUGCGUCUGCACUUUCAUUUUUCCGUCUUCUAUUUCGCUGGCGUGCGAGCUUCUGGAAGGACAUUUUCAAAGAAUUGCUCGUUUGGUGCACGAUGUAUUUCAUGAUCGCCUUCUGUUAUCGAUCACAUUUUAUUAUGAAUGACGCACAAAGAAUUGAGGCGAUUCUGAUUGGUAAUUAUGUUCAAGGUGAUGAUGAGCAAACAAAAAUGAUGCGUCGUGCGAUGGUUCGAUAUAUGUGCCUGUCGCAAUUGCUCGUCUACCGUGAUAUCUCAGUUUGCGUUCGUAAACGAUUCCCGACGAAUCAGUCCAUUAUUCAAGCUGGUUUCAUGUUAGAACACGAAGAAGCCAAAUUGGAAUCGAUCAGUCUGGAAUACGAUAAAUAUUGGGUACCAAUCAAUUGGUCUUAUACGCUGUUCUUUGAAGCACGUCGUGCCAAAAAAAUAGCUAGUGAUGCGAUGACCAAUAAACUAUGCGAUGAAAUGAAGAACUUUCGUCAAAAUCUUCAGAUGUUGUGCAAUUACGAUUGGGUACCUAUUCCGCUCACUUACCCACAGGUCAUUAUGGUAGCCGUAUAUUUUUAUUUCAUCGUUUGUCUUGUUUCGAGACAAUUCAUAUCGAGCGAUAGUGGCAGUGCAACCGCUGGCAAUUUUGAAAUGAUUGUGCCACUUAUGACGAUUAUUCAAUUCGUUUUUUUUGUCGGUUGGAUGAAAGCUGCUGAAGUUCUGUUGAAUCCGAUGGGUGAAGAUGAUGACGACUUCGAGACGAAUUUCCUUCUUGACAAAAAUCUAGCUGUAAAAUUUUCUUUGAUAGUUUCAAAACUAACAAUGCACUAUACAUCACUAAAUAUUGUUGAUGCGAGCGGUGAUGUACCAAUCACGGAACCGGAUCAGUUUUGGUUGAGUGGACGAGUUCAGCCAAUUUAUCCGCUAUCUGUUGCUGACGAAGAGAUGAACGCUUUGGUUGGAUCGGCUGUUCAUGCAAAGGUCCCGGGUGCGAUUAGCACUGAAAAACGAGUGGAAAUGGUCGUGAGGCGAACAACGAGCGUUUCUACAUCACAGUCACGUAUUGCCUCGCGCAGACAACGUUUCUCAAGACAAAUAUCCUCAAGUUCGGUUCGAUUCGAUCAGUAA